GUCACUAUCGCAUUGCCCAGCCUCUCAUGUCCUGGACUUUUCCUUCUUCCCGUCUACCCUACGCAGCCUUCAAUCCUCCGAUCAGGCCGCCUCGAGAUCAGCCUUUUGUAGCACUCCCAACUUCUCGGUUCCUUUCAUAAUUCCAAGUCCCCCUUCUUCUUGCUUUUCUUGAAGUAGAUCUCAGUUUCUGCAGUUCAUUCUUGGUGUCUGCACGGUGAUUGAGCUUAGUUUGGUCCUUCUGGAGGAGUUGAAGUGAAAACAAGAUCGUCUAUCCUAUGCGGUAUCAAACGAAACUGAGAUAUUAGGUUUCUACACUUCCCUCGGGACAUGCCUUGGGCGGGCCCGUGAUAACCAGUCGCAGAUUCAGCUUGCAAUUAUGCACUUUGAGGAAGAGAGAGCAGAGAAUGUGGGAGGGACAUUGCAGGAGCUCCAGAGAUUCAGAGAAGCAGGCGACCCAUUCACGGACGAGUUCUCCAUGCUCUUUAACUCAGUGUGUGAGCAGCAGGCAGAGAUGUUGCAGAAGUUGCAGGCUCGUGAGAAGCUGGACAAAGAACUUAAAUCUGCACAAACUUGGAGAAGGGUGACCAUUGCCAUAUUUGUGACCGCCUUCGUGUCCGCUUUGAUCUUCUCAGUUGUUGCGGUUGCAAAAGCUUGGAAACCUGUUGUGAUUGCUAUAGCUGCUGCUCUGCCAGCUCCAAUAGUGACAGCUGGCAAGUGGCGCAAUUCUUGGUGUGAAAAAUACCGAAAAAAACUACAAGGGAAAAAGGAGUUGAUAGACUUAAUGAAUGCGGGAACUAGGAUCUUGAUCAAUGACUUGGUGACGAUUCGGUUGCUUGUGAGUAAGCUUGAAACUGAGAUUGAGUCGAUCAUGCAAAUCGCCGACUUCGCUCUUGGAGAAGAACAAGAAGAAGCCGUUAGGCGUGGAAUGUUGCAGAUCAAGAAAAGGGCGGAUGUUUUCAUGAAAACUAUGGAGGAUCUCAGUACACAAGCUGAUAAGAGUAGCCGUGAGAUACAGAUGGCGAGGACACUGAUAUUACUGAGGAUAAUGGGACAAUCCGGUCGUUAGUUCUUUUCUUAUGCUUAGAAAGUUAACGGUUAAUGCAGUUCACUGUCUUAGAUGAACUUCAUGUUGCAAAGAUCAUCUCGCUUUCCUCCUUUUGGUAGAAGUUGAUCUAGCUAAUGUGGCUUCAGCCAAUUCAUGCAAAUAUAGGGAUUAGAGAUUAUGAAGCACUUCUACUUUGGUGUGCUUCAAAAUGCAGAUGCCUGUCUCCGGGAGAACUUUUACCGGUUUGGCUUCGUCCUGUUAAUCUAGCUAAUGUGAUUUCUGA